UGCCACCCACUCAGGUACACAGUCAUCAUGAGCACCCACUUGUGUGUUUUACUGAGUCUCUUCUCCUUGGGCAUCAGCACUGUGGAUGGACUACUCCACAGCCUGAUGAUCCUAAGGCUGUCCUUCAGCUCAGUCGUGGAGAUCCCUCAUUUCUUCUGCGAACUCGCUCAGAUCAUCAGGCUCACGUGCUCUGACACUUCAGUUGAUGACAUAGUAAUAUAUGUGGCAGAUUGCAUUUUUGGUGGUAUUCCUGUGUUUGGAGUCAUGUUUUCAUAUACUUGCAUUAUGUCAUCUAUUUUAAGAAUGUCAUCAUCAGAAAGAAAAUAUAAGGCUUUUUCUACCUGUGGAUCUCACCUCUCAGUUGUCUCCUUGUUUUAUGGCACUGCUUUUGGGGUGUACAUUAGCUCUGCAGUGACUGAUUCACCCAGGAAGACUGCGGUGGCUUCAGUGAUGUAUUCUGUGGUCCCACAAAUGCCGAACCCUUUUAUCUACAGUCUGAGGAAUUGGGAUAUGAAGAAACCUUUGUGGAAACUUGCUAAUAGGAUGACAUCUCUUCUACAAUGUGUCAUUGGCUUGGACCUGUGGGUUUAUGUCUGGUCAAAUAAGAAUGGUCACUAUCAAUAA